AUGGACCCCCGCGAGGUAUCUUGGGUCCGGGGUUUCCUCCUCGAGCAUCCCAUCGAGGAGUGGCUCGCGAAGGAGAUCCUUCUCUGCCUCCCGAACCCCCAACUCCUCGACCCGCGCCUCAAGAAGGCCCUCCUCCUCCGCCGCCUCUCCUUCGACGUCUCCUCCGACCGCCUCUCCGAGGACACCCUCCGCUCCCUCGAGCUCCUCGAGGAGCUCGACCGCUCUCUCGGCGCCGCGAGCCCACCGAAGGCUCUGGUCGCCGCCUACUGCGCGGUGGCCGCCGAGUUGACGUUGUCUCCCCUCAGAGACCCGCGUAGCAAGGUGAGUGCCGAGGCAGACUUCUUCGAAGCCGUGAACAGGAUCUGGAACUGCCGGGUGGUGGACGUCGAGCGGUCUGUGGCGAGGGGUUUAGUGGGCGAAGGCUUGAUGCGGUGGCGGACGGCGAUCAAGGAGGCGCUGGGGAGUGCGGCGGCGCGGGAGCGAUUACUGCGGUGGAACACUGGAUGGGAAGCGGCCGCGUCUCUGAGGGAGUACCUUAGGGUGGCGCUGAAGGAAAUGGGCCCUCAGCUGCUGGAACUCGUGGCGAGGGCAGUGAUCGACGACGAAGAAGAAGAAGAAGAAGAAGAAGAAGCCGUUGAUGCGAAGCCGUCUAAUUCUGGAGUCUGCCAGGAGGCCGUCGAGAGAAAGGAACAAAGUCUUGAUGAGGGGCCAUCUGAUGCCAGAGGUGGGGACGAACCUGUCGAGAUUAGUGGCGGGGGGCUCGAUGUAGAGCCUUCUAAAGAAUCCUUGGAGCAAUCUACUUCCGGUGGUUCUCACGCGGAGGAAUUGGCCCAAUCAGGUCAACCUGACCUUGUAACUCCGAAAACAGGUCAGUCAUGCUCCCUCGACGAGCUCUUAUCGAUGCUGCUCGUCUCUCUGGCAAUCUUGACGCCGAAUUCUCAAGUUCAUGCAGCGUGGGAGUUUAACUGGUUCACCAUCUCUUUUUUGCAGCGGAGACUGAAAGAACAGCUGCGUUAGCUGAGCAAGCGUCUCCGGACGCGUCCAUGGAUGAGGAUCAUAGGUCCAAGGAGCUGGGUCUGGUGUCCUCCCCGGAAGUUACGAAAACAAAGGAAGCUCGAAGGGCUUGCGGCGCGGAUACUCUGCUGAAGGUGGCGGUAGGUCCCUUUGCAGACGCUCUGGAAGGGACUUCUCACGUCCCUGAUAUUGGCAAGAUGGAUGAGUCGGGUAGUCCGAUUGGCACAGUGCGCGACCGAAACCAGAUGGAUGAGGGUGAGGAAGGGCUUUUCGUUGACAAAAAUAUCCGAGCCACUAUUCUUCGGGGACCUGAAGACGAGGAUCAUAGCGACACCCUGCGCCCUGGACUAUUGCCGCAGUCCGAUCUUCCAAAGCCAGCUGCGCUGACUUUUGAGGUGAUGGUCUCUGCUGUUGCACUCUCAUAAAUGCGAUAAAGUUGAUUGUGUUGGAAAUUUUAAUUGCUUAAACUGAUGGCACUUUAAAUUACGGAAGAAAUAGACCUUUCAGCGGGAUUUUCAUCCUCUCAGAUCAGGCUCUCAAGCAGGGAUCAGUCGUGGCAAUCCCACUGCCUACUGCUGUCUGUCUGCUCCCACAAUGGAAGGCUCUUCUGGGAGAUUAUUUCUGUCUUAUUCAUUCUAAACGAAGAGUCAAGUUGUCCAGUGAAGGCAGAGAUCUAAGCUGAAGUCCAGAAACGAAGUUGACUUUGAUCCAUGCCCGUUGGAUUGCGUGGUGACCCUGAUUCUCAUUAGAUGCAGCAUUCUGUCGUGUGCAGGAGGACGAAAAUGCUGUCCAGUCCCCGUCUGGUAAGUCCUCAAGCUGUUCCAGAGGAGCUCACUUGGCCACACCAAGGAGGCGCAGAGUGCCCUCUCUGAGGUUGCAAGAAAUCGCAAAAUUUGUCCGAACGAGGAAGAUCAAGAGGUGGACACCGCAGGAAGAGGAUGCCCUCAGAGAAGCCGUCAAGAAGUAUGUGUGCCUCUUUCUCUGCGAGAAAAUAAGCGGAAUCUGACAAAAAGUUCAUUCGGACACUACUGAAUCGAUUAAAGUUCUUUUUUUUUAAUUUUUUCCGGGUUGAUUAUUGUCGAGUCCUGUGGUGUGAUGGGAUGGAUGGGUUGGGGUGCCUGUUUUUUAUCAGAUUUCUUGCCCCCCUCCCUGCAGGCACGGCAAGGGGAACUGGAAGAUCAUCCUGCAUUCCCACCGUGAAGCGUUCGAGGAGAGGACGGAGGUAGAGAUGAACAUAUUCUGUCCCUCGACAGGGGAAUGGAAAGCUUCUUUUCUUCGGUCCCUGCCUGCGCUAUCUCUCAGCAUGCCUCCCCUUGACCCAUUGAGCAGGUGGAUCUGAAGGACAAGUGGAGAAACAUGACCAGGUAG